UCCGUUCCCAAUCCAAUCCCAGCCACUUCUCACAAGUUUGUUUUAUCAGCGCUUCGAAGGAGGCACUGGCUGGUGGUUUUAUCCACAGUUUUAACCGUUUUAUCAGUGUACGGUUGUACCGGUGGCUGCCAGGAGCAAAGUUCGUUGUAGGUGUUCUGUAGUUGUACCGCGGGUUGUCAACUGUUUUGAACAGUUAAUUGGUCAGCUUAUAGAGUUUCUCACUAUAUUGUAAUAGUGAGAAACUCGGCAAAGUUCAAACCAUUCAGAACUUUGCCAGAACUCUAUGGUUCAGCCAAAAUGUCACAAAGUGUCCUUGCACCAGUCUAGGCUGUCUAUACUCGCAAUGAAGAAAGCGGCUGUUCCAUGUGGCGCCGACCAAGGAGGCCGUGUUAACGACCCCGUCACACACUAUGUGCUGUUUCAGCCGGAAAUCGGGACAGAAGAGACCAGCCACACCUCCGAACUUCCAGGCGACGACGCUGUGUACGUGGUGGCCGAUUCGCCUGAGCCUUCUGGGACUAUGACCACGGAGGAAUGGCUGUCGGCAUCGGGCAGCCUUUCGGAAUGUAGUGCGGCGGAGCAAACUGCGAGGAAAACGAAGAAAAAACAUUCGUUCGUUUGGGAACACUUCGACCGCCACACGUUGGACAAAUGCAGCCAAGUGUGCAAGCACUGCAAUAUGAGUGUGCGCCUCGGCAAAGAAGGCGGCUGCAGCAAACUAGGCACCACGGCAAUGCGUCGUCACCUUGAAAUCCACCACGCGCACCUUUUGCCCGACCUUCCGCCUCGAGUGGACGCUGUGCGGGCCAGAAAAUCACGAGCUGCAGAUAGUGUGAGUGAUGAUGUUGGAACCAAUGGUGGUAAGGAGAAAAAUUGGAUGGGAGAAAGAAGCGGCAGCCUUCGUCGUCAGUUUGGCAGCACUUCGAUUACUAUGGUAGCGACAGAUUUCAGGUGGUGUGUAGAAUCUGUAGAAUGCAAGUGCGUCUGGGAAAGAAUGGUGGGUGCAACAGGGUGGGAACAACUGCAAUGCACAGGCACGUCACUAUUCACCACAAAUUCUUACUUCAGAAAAACCCCACCCUCGGAACGAGAAAAGGAGAUCAUGGCAGGAGAAGUCAAGAAGUGUCCUGUAAUAUAACCAAAAGGUCGCAAGUAUCACCGGCAGUUGCAGCUGUGCGUCAAAAAGCACCUGAAACCAAGCGAGAGUCCUGUGGUGUGCAUCACCCUAAUUCAAUGGCUCUAAACCAUUGCUUGGCAGUGUUUAUGGCUAAUGGUAUCCAUCCAUUCUCACUUGCAGAAGAACCAGCAUUUCUUGAGUUCAUGCGCUGUUGCGCACCACAGUGGAAGGUUCCCAACAAAGGCUAUUUUGCCAACUCUGGCAUUCCUGCGCUUGCAACCAUGAUUAAAGAAGCAGUGAGAAAGGACCUGAAAACUUGUAUCGGAGGUACCGUGCACCUUGGUACUGAAACAUGGCAGGGGCCCCACAUGUCUGAUCUAGUGUCUGUGACAGCAUUCUGGGUGAAGUCUGAACAGCC